AGCCAAUUUUCCACUUCCGCUUCCGGCGCUGCGGCAGUCCAAAUCAAAAAUGGCGGCAGUUGGUGUGUCCUCGGUUUCUCGGCUGCUGGGUCGGUCCCGCCCACAGCUGGGGCGGCCUAUGUCGAGUGGCGCCCAUGGCGAAGAGGGCUCUGUUCGCAUGUGGAAGACCCUCACGUUCUUAGUCGCGCUCCCCGGGGUGGCAGUCAGCAUGCUGAAUGUGUACUUGAAGUCGCGCCACGGAGAGCACGAGAGACCCGAGUUCAUCGCCUACCCCCAUCUCCGCAUCAGGACCAAGCCGUUUCCCUGGGGAGAUGGUAACCAUACUCUAUUCCAUAACCCUCGUGUGAAUCCACUUCCAACUGGCUACGAAGAUGAAUAAAGAGAAUCUGGACCACUACCCGGGCACCAGGGACUACAGCGCUGGUUUGGACCAUUACUCUGCACAUGGACCAGAAAAAGUAUAUGGGACCUUAAGCUCACAUUCUUUACUUGUAUCAAAUGAUGACUGGUAUACUGGUCUCCCAUCCCUUUGCUUGUGGCGGGAGAUGGCUUAAAUAAAUAACUUAAACUUA